CAACUGUUGAGUCAACCCUUACAAGUAACGCAGAAACAAUGACUUUGACUCCUGAUACAGCAACAACAUCUACAGCUCAAUCCACAACAGCUGCUGGGGCAUCAACAGCAACAACUUCUGAUGCCACAUACACCUUAUUGGAAUCCUCAACUGUGGAGACAACCUCAACAAGUAAUACAGAAACAAUGACUACAGCACCUGAUAAUGCAUCCACAACUGCGUCUGAAAUUACACCAGCUGCUAGAGAAAUAACCACAAUGUACAAUGCUACAUCCAUUACACCAAUAUCCACAGCUGUAGAAAUAACAUCAACAACUAUUGUAGACACAAUGGCUACAGCACCUGAUACAGAAACCACAACUACAGCGCAAUCCUCAACAUUUGCUGUAACAGGAUCAACAACGACUUUGGAUGCCACAUCCACAUCAAUGCUAUCCUCCUCUGUGGUGUCAAAUUCAACAAGUAAUACAGAAACAUCUGAUACAACAACCACAACUGCAGAUCAAACCACAACAGCUGCUGGUACAACAACAAGUGUUGAUGCCACAUCCACCUCACCAGUAUUCUCAACUGUUGAGUCAACCUCUACAAGUAAUAAAGAAACAGUGACUUUAGCACCUGAUACAUCAACCACAGAUGCAGAUCAAACCACAACAACUGCUGGGGCAACAGCAAAUAUCUAUGAUGGCACAUCCACCUCAUCUGUAUCCUCAAAUGUAGAAUCGACCUCAACAUCUGAGACAGACUCAGUAACUACAGCACCUGAUACAGACACAACUACGGCUCAAUCCACAACAACUGCUGGGGCAGCAACAAUAACUUUUGAUUUCGCAUCCACGUCAUCUGUAUCCUCAACUGUGGAGUCCACCUUAACAAGUAAUACAGAAACAAUGACUACAGCACUUGAUUUAGCAACAAGCGCUAUGCCUGAAACCAUAACUGCUGCUGGGGCAACAACAUCUUCUGAUUCCUCAACCACCUCACCCAUAUUCUCAACUGUUGGUUCAACCCUUACAAGUAACGCAGAAACAAUGAGUUUGACUCCUGAUACAGUAACAACAUCUACAGCUCAAUCCACAACAGCUGCUGGGGCAUCAACAGCAACAACUUCUGAUGCCACAUACACCUUAUUGGAAUCCUCAAAUGUGGAGACAACCUCAACAAGUAAUACAGAAACAAUGACUACAGCACCUGAUAAUGCAUCCACAACUGCGUCUGAAAUUACACCACCUGCUAGAGAAAUAACCACAAUGUACAAUGCUACAUCCAUUACACCAAUAUCCACAGCUGUAGAAAUAACAUCAACAACUAUUGUAGACACAAUGGCUACAGCACCUGAUACAGAAACCACAACUACAGCGCAAUCCUCAACAUUUGCUGUAACAGGAUCAACAACGACUUUGGAUGCCACAUCCACAUCAAUGCUAUCCUCCUCUGUGGUGUCAAAUUCAACAAGUAAUACAGAAACAUCUGAUACAACAACCACAACUGCAGAUCAAACCACAACAGCUGCUGGUACAACAACAAGUGUUGAUGCCACAUCCACCUCACCAGUAUUCUCAACUGUUGAGUCAACCUCUACAAGUAAUGAAGAAACAGUGACUUUAGCACCUGAUACAUCAACCACAGAUGCAGCUCAAACCACAACAACUGCUGGGGCAACAGCAAAUAUCUAUGAUGGCACAUCCACCUCAUCUGUAUCCUCAAAUGUAGAAUCGACCUCAACAACUGAGACAGACUCAGUAACUACAGCACCUGAUACAGACACAACUACGGCUCAAUCCACAACAGCUGCUGGGGUACAAACAAUAACCUUUGAUUUCACAUCCACGUCAUUGGUAUCCCCAACUGUGGAGUCCACCUCAACAAGUAAUACAGAAACAAUGACUACAGCACUUGAUUUAGCAACAAGCGCUAUGCCUGAAACCAUAACUGCUGCUGCGGCAACAACAUCUUCUGAUUCCACAACCACCUCACUCAUAUUCUCAACUGUUGAGUCAACCCUUACAAGUAACGCAGAAACAAUGACUUUGACUCCUGAUACAGCAACAACAUCUACAGCUCAAUCCACAACAGCUGCUGGGGCAUCAACAGCAACAACUUCUGAUGCCACAUACACCUUAUUGGAAUCCUCAACUGUGGAGACAACCUCAACAAGUAAUACAGAAACAAUGAUUACAGCACCUGAUAAUGCAUCCACAACUGCAUCUGAAAUUACACCAGCUGCUAGAGAAAUAACCACAAUGUACAAUGCUACAUCCAUUACACCAAUAUCCACAGCUGUAGAAAUAACAUCAACAACUAUUGUAGACACAAUGGCUACAGCACCUGAUACAGAAACCACAACUACAGCGCAAUCCUCAACAUUUGCUGGAACAGGAACAACAACGACUUUGGAUGCCACAUCCACAUCAACGCUAUCCUCCUCUGUGGUGUCAAAUUCAACAAGUAAUACAGAAACAUCUGAUACAACAACCACAACUGCAGAUCAAACCACAACUGCUGCUGGUACAACAACAAGUGUUGAUGCCACAUCCACCUCACCAGUAUUCUCAACUGUUGAGUCAACCUCUACAAGUAAUGAAGAAACAGUGACUUUAGCACCUGAUACAUCAACCACAGAUGCAGCUCAAACCACAACAACUGCUGGGGCAACAGCAAAUAUCUAUGAUGGCACAUCCACCUCAUCUGUAUCCUCAAAUGUAGAAUCGACCUCAACAACUGAGACAGACUCAGUAACUACAGCACCUGAUACAGACACAACUACGGCUCAUUCCACAACAGCUGCUGGGGUACAAACAAUAACCUCUGAUUUCACAUCCACGUCAUCUGUAUCCUCAACUAUGGAGUCCACCUUAACAAGUAAUACAGAAACAAUGACUACAGCACUUGAUUUAGCAACAAGCGCUAUGCCUGAAACCAUAACUGCUGCUGGGGCAACAACAUCUUCUGAUUCCUCAACCACCUCACCCAUAUUCUCAACUGUUGGUUCAACCCUUACAAGUAACGCAGAAACAUUGAGUUUGACUCCUGAUACAGUAACAACAUCUACAGCUCAAUCUACAACAGCUGCAGGGGCAUCAACAGCAACAACUUCUGAUGCCACAUACACCUUAUUGGAAUCCUCAACUGUGGAGACAACCUCAACAAGUAAUACAGAAACAAUGACUACAGCACCUGAUAAUGCAUCCACAACUGCGUCUGAAAUUACACCAGCUGCUAGAGAAAUAACCACAAUGUACAAUGCUACAUCCAUUACAUCUAUAUCCACAGCUGUAGAAAUAUUAUCAACACCUAUUGUAGACACAAUGGCUACAGCACCUGAUACAGAAACCACAACUACAGCACAAUCCUCAACAGUUGCUGGAACAGGAACAACAACGACUUUGGAUGCCACAUCCACAUCAACGCUAUCCUUCACUGUGGUAUCAAAUUCAACAAGUAAUACAGAAACAUCUGAUACAACAACUGCAGAUCAAACCACAACAGCUGCUGAUACAACAACAAGUGUUGAUGCCACAUCCACCUCAUCAGUAUUCUCAACUGUUGAGUCAACCUCUACAAGUAAUGAAGAAACAGUUACUUUAGCACCUGAUACAUCAACCACAGAUGCAGCUCAAACCACAACAACUGCUGGGGCAACAGCAAAUAUCUAUGAUGGCACAUCCACCUCAUCUGUAUCCUCAAAUGUAGAAUCGACCUCAACAACUGAGACAGACUCAGUAACUACAGCACCUGAUACAGACACAACUACGGCUCAAUCCACAACAGCUGCUGGGGUACAAACAAUAACCUUUGAUUUCACAUCCACGUCAUCGGUAUCCUCAACUGUGGAGUCCACCUCAACAAGUAAUACAGAAACAAUGACUACAGCACUUGAUUUAGCAACAAGCGCUAUGCCUGAAACCAUAACUGCUGCUGGGGCAACACCAUCUUCUGAUUCCACAACCACCUCACUCAUAUUCUCAACUGUUGAGUCAACCCUUACAAGUAACGCAGAAACAAUGACUUUGACUCCUGAUACAGCAACAACAUCUACAGCUCAAUCCACAACAGCUGGUGGGGCAUCAACAGCAACAACUUCUGAUGCCACAUACACCUUAUUGGAAUCCUCAACUGUGGAGACAACCUCAACAAGUAAUACAGAAACAAUGACUACAGCACCUGAUAAUGCAACCACAACUGCAUCUAAAAUUACACCAGCUGCUAGAGAAAUAACCACAAUGUACAAUGCUACAUCCAUUACACCAAUAUCCACAGCUGUAGAAUCAACAUCAACAACUAUUGCAGACACAAUGGCUACAGCACCUGAUACAGAAACCACAACUACAGCGCAAUCCUCAAUAUUUGCUGGAACAGGAACAAUGACAUUGGAUGCCACAUUCUCAUCAAUAUUAUCCUCCACUGUGGUGUCAAAUUCAACAAGUAAUAUAGAAACAUCUGAUACAACAACCACAACUGCAGCUCAAUCAUCUACUGCUGCUGGGGCAUCAAGAACAACUUUUGAUGCCACAUACACACCAUUAGUAUCAUCAACUGUGGAGAGAACCUCAACAAAUAAUGCAGAAACAGUGUUUUUGGUACCUGACACAGCAACUACAUCUAGAGCUCAAUUAACAACAGCUGCUGGGGCAGCAACAACAACAGCUUAUGAUGACACAUCCACCUCAUGGCUGUCCUUAACUGUGCAGUCAACCUUAAUAAAUGCUUCAGAAACAAUCACUACACCACCUGAUACAGCAACUAGAACCGCAUCUGAAUCCACAACAGCCACUGGGGUAACAAUGACAUCUUAUGAUGUCGCAUCCACCUCACAAGUUUUCUCAACUUCACGAUCAAAAUCAAGAAUUAAUGCAGACACAAUGACUUUAGGCCCUGAUACAGAAACCACCUCAUUGAUAUCCUCAAAAUCAACCUUAACAACUGAGACAGACUUAGUAACUACAGCACCUGAUACAGAAAAAACAACUACAGAUCAAUCUACAACAACUGCUGGGGCAGCAACAACAAUUUUUGAUUCCAUGUCCACCUCUUCGGUACCCUCAACUGUGGAGACAACAACAAGUAAUGCAGAAACAAUGACUACAGCACUUGAUUUAGCAACAAGAGCUAUGCCUGAAACCAUAACAGUUGCUGGGGCAACAACAUCUUCUAAUCCCACUUUCACCUCAUCUGUAUCUUCAUUUGUGGAGUCAACCUCAACAAGUAAUGCAGAAACAGUGACUACUGCACACGAUAUUGCAACCACAAAUAGCACAACAGCUGCUGGAGUAACAUUAACCUAUAAUACCUUAUCUACAUCAUUAGUAUCCUCAAUUGCGGAUUCAGCUUCAAUAACUAAUGCAGACACAACAACCACAGCACUUGAUACAGCAUAUACAACUAUGGCUGAAACCACAACAACAGCUGAGGCAACAAUAUCAAGAAAUUUGGAUGUUAGCAUAGGAGACAUUCCAGUAACAACUACUGAUGCAACAUUACAAAGUUUGAAUGGACCAACCACAACUUUUCCUGAGGCAAUGUUUGGUGCAAGCACAAGAAAUAUAGAAGCAGCAGACACUCCUAAAUUCUCAACUAUGGAAAGGAAUUCAGCAACUUAUCCAGCCAUCACAACAAUGGUUGAAACAAAACUAGACCUUUCAAAAACAACCACUAGUGCACCAACAACGAUUUUUGAUGCACAAGCCACCUCUUUACCACUUCCAACUGUAGCACAAACAUUAGCUCAUGUAGCAACCACAACUUUGCCUGCCAACACAGCUUUUAGUGCAACCACAACUAAUAUGGACAUUACAACUCUUUCAAAAAUCUCAACUGCUGCACCAAAAACAACAUCUGAUGAAGCAUCCACUAAUACACUUGAAUCUUUUAUAACUAAUCAUACAACAUUUUCAGUUUUGGCAGCCACACCCACUUUUACAGCAUCCUCAACUUCAGACACAACGUCUACAAUUGAUGAACCAACCACCACUAUGCCUGAAACAGUGACAAAUACUAGUGCAGCAGCAGACUUGCUUACCACAACAACUUUUUCUGCAUCCUCAGAUAUCGCACCAAAGUUAACAGAUGCUGCAACUGUUCUUGUAAACACAACAACAACUUUGGAUGCCACAGCUACUUUUUCACCAUCCUCAAAUGUAACUGAAAUGUCAACAACUCUUGCUGCAGCCAUAGCAUUACCAGUAAACACAACUAAUGGUGACACAUCAACAGCAUUGGAUGAUACAACCACCUCUCAAAUAUCCUCAACAGAAGCACCAAGUUCAACCACAGAAAAAGGAACCACAGUUACAACUGAAAACACAACUUACAUUGACGGAACAACAAUAACUUUGAAUGCCACAAUAAAUCCAUCUGUAUUUUCAACAACCAUUAGUGCAACAACUUUGGCUGAAGUAAGCAACCUACCAUCAUCUUUAAAUGAAACAGAAAUGUUGACAACUAAUGCAUCAACUACAACUGUGCCUGAAGCUACAACAUACCUUCAAACAACAACCUCUGAUGAAGCAUUAUCACAUUUUGCUGUGACAACAAGACCUGAAACAUCCUCAUUUCCAACAACAACUAAUUCUGAGAUCACAACAGAAAUUGGUUUAAUAACAAUUUCUUCAACCACACUUAAACCUUCAUCAACGAUUGCUCCACAAUCAACAAAAGAUGUAGCAUCCACUUCAGUCCAACCAACAACAUCUGGUCUUGAAUUAAAUACAAAUUCGUCUAACAUGGAGACAUCUCCAACCUCCGCAGCAUUAACACCAAUGUUGGCAACUGAAUCAGCAACAAUAACUAUGUCUGAAACCACAUCAGCUGCAAAAACGUUGGAUACAAACAAUACAUUGGCUACAAAUCCUCCAACAACUACUAUUGUGGCUGAAACCAUUUUACUUCCUACAACUUCUGCCAUGACAACAACUCCAGUUCCAGUAACUCAAAAUCCAAUAGAAGCACCAACUGUGAUUGGGACAGUGAUUAUUUACAUCCAGCUCAUAUUCAUCACACUGGGCCCUAUACCAAGUGAGAGUACAAUAAUGCAGUUGGUUAACUCUAUGCUGGACUCACGGUUCAGAACCAAACGAGAUGUAGGAGCACAAAGCCUGAACACCCCUGUGAGCAUUGUGAAUGUUACUUAUACAAAAAUUUCUGACAAAUCGUAUGCCCUGAAUUUUGGAUUUGAAAUCGCCAAUGUUUCCAUGUCUGAGAAAAUUGAACUCAGGAAUGACACGUAUGGGUUAAUCCAGGACUCUAUAAAUAAACUGCUGAAUCAAAUCCUAAAUAACCCCACAGCCACUCCAUUUGUGUUCAAAAAUGCCAAUUUCACGGGUAAUUCCACCUCUAUCCAGGCAAAUGUGUAUUAUGUAUUCUCAGAAAGUGACAUCACACAACCCAAUGCCUUUAUUAAUGCCCUUCUUGUGGUUAACAAAGAUGUAGUUACCACACCUCCAGCAACAACCACCAUCUAUUACUCCAUGGUGCUGAACACUACAGUCUCAAGCAACAGCACGAAUGCAGCAUGGGUUGUGGCCAUAAUUGUACCCUGUGCAAUUGCUAUCAUCCUUGUGCCUUGCUGGAUUCUACUUUGUUGUUUGCUCUGUGGUUGCUGUACAUCAAUAAGACGACGAUGGCGCAGAAGAAGAGACUCAUACAGUCUGCAGCAACACACAACCCGAAACAGCCUCUUCUAGACAACUGGAGAAUAAUUUCAAUACAUCAUGACAAAAUUAAUUACACUAUCUUACACUAUCACUAUCUGCUAUCUUUUAAAUUGUUUAUUGCACUAUUUAUUUCUUAUAUCUAUAUUGCUGUACAGACAUGCUCCUAAAUUUUCAUAAAUGUAAUUUAUUUUCAGAAUUGUAUUAUCCAGUGAUAAAAUGUAUUUAAUAAGUAUGUGAGGUUCAACCUCUGUAGAUUUUACAUCCAUUACCCCCUAAUUAAUUUAUUUGACAUUACUCAUUUCAUUUCCUGGGGCUAUAUGGAUUGUGUUUAACUUAUUUACAAUUCGAUUAACUUUACUUCUUUGCAUCUCAAAAAAAGAAGCAUUAUGUGCUUGACACACACACACACACACACACACACACACACACACACACACACACACACACACACAUAUAUAUAUAUAUAUAUAUAUAUAUAUAUAUAUAUAUAUAUAUAUAUAUAUGCGUGUGUGUGUGUGUGUGUAAAAUAGCAGCAAUAUAUGUAUUUUGAUUUUUUUCUGUAAAAUUGCAUAUCUUAACAUUCACUUCUGUUAAUAAUGAUCACUUCUGUAAGUUUGCUAACAGCUGCUAAAUAGAAAUUCUGGAAAAAAGUCAAACAUUUUUAUCUAUUUAACCAGAACAGUUACUAAGUACCAUUUAUGUAUAAUCAAGUGACUAAUGAUAAUCUAAUGCAAAUCUGAUGCAAACUUAAUAAAGUCUUUCAUUGUUGAACAUUGA